AUCUUGACUAAAAUGGAGAAAAUUUCAGAGAAAGAGAAGAAGAGGGACUUAAAGGAAGAAGACAAAAAGGAAGAGGUCAGCAAGCAGGAAGAAGUCAGAACAAAGAGAAGAAGGAGUAAGAGUAAGAAGAGGAGGGAAAAGAAGCAUGUAAGAACUGAGAAGUGCACUAUCCCUCCCACUCUUGAAGAGAUUGACGAAAGAAUCAAAGGGUCGUACUUAGAGACAAUGAACUUUGCAUCUUUUAAACCACUUACGGAGAUUGAAGGUCGUAUUCAGUGUCCAAAGUGUAAGUCUAAUAGAAAGUUUUAUUGCUAUGCUUGCUAUGUCCCAUUGGCUAGAGACGUCCCUCAACUCAAACUCCCUGUAAACUUUACAGUGCUGAAGCAUCCAGGGGAGAAAAUGGGAAAGAGCAGUAUCAUCGCUUCGAAAAUAAUUGCUCCUGACAAUGUGACGAUUCAUAAUAGCCUGGAAAUUUCUGAGUUCGAUUAUGACAGUACAAUUCUAUUGUUUCCAAAGGAAGAUAGUGUGCCAAUCACUAGCAUGCCUAAGGAAACUCUCGAAUCUGUCAAAAACGUUGUCCUGAUUGACUCUACUUGGCUUCAGGUCAAUAAGUUCCUCCAGAAUGAGAACGUCAGCAAGCUCAAGACAGUAGUGAUCAACACUGAGAAGACAAUUUUCUGGAGGUACCAGCGAGGUGUCACAGACAAGAACCUGUCUACUAUCGAAGCGAUGUACUUCUUCAUGAGGGACUACGACAAGGUAAUGUCUGAGAAAGAUUAUGAUGGAAAGUAUGACAACCUGUUAUACUUCUACGCAUACACAUAUGCCUUGAUCCAGAACGAAUACAAGAAGGGGCUCAAGAAGGACAAGGAGUUCAAGACCAUCAAGGGCUAUGUCAAAGAGAAAUCUGAAGAAGAUAAUAAGGAAGGUAGUGGCUAAAAUAUUUUGUAGUUCAAUUUAGGCAUGGAAAA